AUGGAAACACAAUUCAAUGAAAGUUUUCAAGUUGAUAAUCUUGUAAUUAUAUUUCCCUGGUACGCAGCUAAACCUGAUCAAGUUGCCAAAUACCAAUCACUUUAUCAUGGCCGUGGUUUCGAUACGUUAGUGAUAUAUGGAGGACUUGUGUCAUUCUUGUGGCCGCAGAAAGCAUCCGAGUUUGUUAAAUCAGUGAACAAUUUGUUGGAAACACGAUUUGAUAACUACAAACAUUUUAUCCUUCAUGCAUUUUCGAUUGGUGCCUUUUAUUUAACUGUUUAUAUUUACACUUCUUUUGAAAAGGAAAAUGUCUCGAGUAGUAUUAAGAAAAAGACACUAGGUGUGUUCUGGGAUAGUAUAACCAUUGGAGAGUUGUCGAACUUGAUAACGGGUAUUGCAACCGGUGCUGGAUUAACAGGAAAUUUUGCUAAAAUUGCGUUCAAAUCGAGUUUUCUAUUAUAUUAUUAUCUGUUUAACAAUUGUACGGCGCGAAUUUACAAUAAGUAUUUCAGAUUACUUGCCAAGAACCCAUGGAUUGUACCAACUUUUGUUGUUGCCAGUAAAGACGACCCGAUGAGUGAUUAUAAGGCUUUAAGUGAAUUGUUGAAUACUUGGACGAAUAAACUACCGAUUUUAAAAUAUAAAAUAUGGGAUCAUUCGAAACAUGCUGGCCAUUUGAAAUAUCAUUAUUCUGAAUAUGUAGAGAUAUUAGACUCAUUUUUAUCUGUUCUUAAAAAUAGAUAUCCUUCAAAGAUAAUGUCAAAGUUAUAA